UACAGGAAUUGGAUCUAACGAAAAAAAAAAUUGCUGCAAUGAAACUUCUUGGUGCUCUGGUAUUUUUGGCCCUUUGCUAUGAAAUUCAAUCGGCAGCAACUCGUUUCUGUGGCCAAAAUUUGGUUCAGAUUCUGGACGCUGUGUGUGUAGAUGGUUUCUAUGGCAUGCAGAUGAGUAAAAAGUCCAUGGGACGACUACUUCAUCAUGGAUUAUUGGAUGUAAUUGGAUCAAAUGAAAUCGACAAUGAGGCACACCCUAAAUCCAGUUCCCUGCUCAGUGAUAUGUUGUCUGGCGAGGGAUUGAAUGGUCUAGCCAAGACUCGCAGACAACGUCAUUUGAAUGGAGUCUAUGAUGAAUGCUGUCGAAAAGGUUGUACAUUGAAUGAAAUCGCCGGAUACUGCCUUUAAAUGAUUGCUUGUAUAAAAACCAUCCUCUUACUAUUAUUGAAAAAUUUAGGAUAAUAAUGAAUUUAUGGAAAGAAAGGAUCGGAUCACUUGAACUUUAUUUAUUUAUUAUUUUUAUAAAAUAUAGGUAUUUUUACCCUAAUUAUGUAGAAAUAUCUUUUCCGUGGGUUAGAGGCUCGGUUACCCGUAUAUUUGAUAAUAUUCGAUUCUAUCGAAUGAACUUAUCCACAUAUUUUCAUAAAUAUUGAUAGUUAUUUAACACGUUGAUGUUUUUAAAAUUGUUAGGGAAUUAUAUGGUAAGACAUUUAAGAGUUUGUAUAAUUUAGUUUAUGACCUAA